CUCAUCUUUUACUGCUCUGGAUUCUUUCAUAUGGUGUUGUGGCUGUGUACAGAUUUCAGAAACCAGUCUGAUACACCUGUUGGAAGAAUGAUGUACUGGCAUUGGUGAAAUAAACAUGCAAAUGGAUGUUGUCUCAAGGUGUUUUAACUGACAUCCCAUUGUGAUGCUCCCCCUACGAAUAAGUAAUAUCCUAAGAGUCUUUUACAUGGUCCUUCGAGCCGGAAUUGAGGAUUCCAAUGGACCAAGAGCAACAUACUAACCAAUGCCAUGUACCACCUCGGCGAGAGUCUUCAAGACAGACCAAGCCUCCAGUCUAUCUUGAGGACUAUGAGACUACCUUACCGCCCUCGAAGCCUCCUCGAGCCAGUCAGUCAGUUUCCUCAGCCCCAGUCCAAAGCAGUAUUGAAUAUGCCAGAGAGAGUCAUUCUGAACCUUGUGACCCUGUCUUACUGGAAAUGAAGCAGUUAAAGGAGUUUGUAAUGGAAUUAGGCCGAAGUGUGAAGCAGAUAAAUUCCAAAGUGAAUCGGAUGUGUUCUUCAGGAAGUUCUUGGUCAUCUGAAGAAGGUAGCAAAAAUUUAUCUGCACCGCCCUCACCUGAUAAGGAUUCUCUCGUCCCUUGUACGGUGACUGAUUCAGCUGCAGCAUUAGCUCAAGAACUCAGAGUUCAUCUACAGGAACAACAUCAAGGGAAAGUUGGUUCCGAGUUAAAGUCACCGCCAUGUGUGAGUAGAGCGUCCUCUCUUCCUCCACCUCCUUCUAUGGUGCUGACUCCUCAAUCCCAUUUGGCUCCUGAUUUGAAUGUUUCACAUGUAAAUCAAGUCCCUACUGAUGUGAAUGUUGUUAGCCAUCCAGUGUCAAGGCAACUACUUGCAGAUCGAAGCCCUUAUGCUCCUCAUUUGUCUACUUUGAUGGGAAGUUCACAGCAUCCGGCAAGUCAGUUCAUGGCCCCUAAUUUGUAUGCUCUAAACCCUUGGGUUGAUACGUAUCAUCAGUUAUCAGGACAGUCUCAAACAUCUAGACCUGCAGUGCAGCCACCAAUUCCUCCUUGGGCUAUGAAUCCACCAUUGUUUGGCCCAGUUUAUCCUGGUUUUUGGCCCCCAGUACCAGGUCCUUUGUAUUCAAGCCAUUUGUCAGUUCCUAUGAAUGCUGUUCAUCAACAAGCACAAGAUUCCCAGGGUUUUAUGUCAUCUCAGUAUCCACCAUUUUCACAGCAGGCUUUGCAUAGUUCGGUGGUUAGAUCUGAACCUCCUAUUAGUCAAUUACCUGUUCCUUCUACAUAUUUGGCAUCUGGCACGAUUACACCAUCUGUACCCAUUACAGCUCAAAGUGGAAAUAUGACCAAUUGUGUCCAGCAGGGGAAUCAAGAUGUUCAGUCUUCACUAUCAUUAGCUAUGCCCAGUUUACCUUCACCUCCUCUUGUGAGACCUAUUGUGCAACAACAAAGUAACGAGAUACAAGAGAAUAAUCCUAUACCUUGUGUUUCUCAGUCUUUAGUUCAACAGCCUGUUUCAAGUUCUCAAACAGGAUAUGAGCCAAGAGCCCAAGUAAGCUAUCAUCCAAGAUCUUCUCGAAUUGAAGGUCCUUCAUUUCCAUAUCUUUAUAAGGAGGAUCCUAAACAAUUCAUAAUGUUGAAGAUGGCUCUGGAGCAUUUACUACCCCCAGAUGAGACUGAGCAGUACAAAUUCCAUAUUCUCCUAGACCAUUUAAAAUUAGAUUCAGCACGCAACUUAGUUCUGGCUUAUUCUAACCAUCCUCUGCCAUUCAGUGCAGCGUGGGCAGCCCUCCAGCAGAAAUAUGGUCAGCCACAUCAAUUAGUUUUGAGAGAAAUUGCUGAGACUAUGGGCCUCCCAACCAUUAAAACUGGUGAUUCACAAGCUUUCAGUAGCUUAGCAGUUCGUAUUCGUGCCUUGGUGGGGAUGUUACAGUCUUGGGGUGAAGGUGAAGGAGCAGCAGAGUUGGCCUGUGCUUCUCAUGUACAGAAACUAUUGAGUAAACUCCCCCCUGAACAAGUUGCUAAUUACAUCCGGCAUAGUAGAGCCACUCGACCAGGAGAAGCCUAUAACUUGGUGAAUUUCUCUUCAUGGCUGCAAGAGGAAGCAGACUGUCAAGCAAUAGUAGGACAAGUCGGUGUUGUCCGGCAGAAACCUAAUGACCAUUACCAGAUAGGGAGGAAACUAAAGCAGUAUCAACCAACUACAACUAUUCUUCAUGGAGUAAGUGGUGUUCCAGUAGAAAAGAUCAGUGAUUCUUUUAGUCCCGUCCAAAAUUCCAGUUUUGAGGGAAAGGAGUUGCUGAGGUUCCCAUGUCCAUUCUGUAAAAGUGAUGAUCAUCACCUCAGUAGAUGCCAAGCUUUUAGCCUGCUUGAUCUGGAGAAUAUGAGAAAAUGGAUUAAAGAGCAUCAUUGCUGUUGGAGAUGUGGCAGGGCUCAUCAGGCCUCUCGGUGUGACCUGAAGAAAGGUUGUCCGAUAUGUAAAGGUAAACACCUGGGAAUUCUACAUGAGGUGAAUCAGAAGAAGCCAGACUCUGGUGUUUUCUUGCUUAGUCGCCCAAGCUGUUCCCCAAGAGUUGUACUGAAAGUAGUUAAAGUCCUGCUGAGCCAUAAUGGUAGAUGUAUGGAGACUUAUGCCAUCUUAGAUGACGGUUCUGAAAGGACAAUGCUUCUACCUCUAGCAGCACAGCAACUUGGAUUGAAGGGCACAGCUGAAUCAUUGGUGCUAAGAACUGUGCGUCAAGACACAGAGGUCCUGAGGGGAGCUAGUGUAAACUUCACAAUUUCUCCAGUAAAUUCUCAUAAGAAAUAUCAGAUCCAAGGGGCUUUCACUGCACAGGGAUUGGGCCUUCCUGAGCAAUCCUAUCCCAUUUCUAGCCUUCUAAAACGAUUCAACCAUCUAAAGGGACUUCCACUGAAAACAUUUAAUAAAGUCCAGCCUAUGCUUUUGAUUGGUGCUGAUCAUCCGUAUCUUCUAGCUCCAGUGGAGAAGGUUCGUCUUAGCCCUCAUGGGGGACCAGCCGCAGUUCAUACCAGAUUGGGAUGGGCUCUUCAAGGUCCAGUAUCGUCAGCUCAAUCAAAUGAGACUGAAACCCAGUGUCUGUUUCUUUCUGGAGUUUCCAUUACCUCUCAACUCCAACAGGAUGUAGAGCGGUUAUGGCAAGUGGACGUGUUUCCCUAUAAGUGUGAAAAGACCAUUAUACGGUCCAAACAAGACCAGUAUGCCCUAGAUUGUCUUAACCGGUUGACGACAAGAGAGACUGUGAAUGGUGUCUCUAAAUAUGCCACUCCUCUACUUCGUUCAAAGCAUGCACCCUUGUUCAAUGCUCCUAAAGUGGCAGUUAUGUCAUCCCUCCGAUGGACAGAGCGCCAACUGACACGAAAUCCUGAGCAGGCCCUUAUCUAUGAAGGAGAGAUUCAAAAACUGGUUGAUUCUGGUUAUGUGAGGAAGUUGAGUCAUGAAGAAGCCUUUCAAAGUAGUGAGUCCUGGUUUGUACCUCACCAUCUCGUAAAGCAUAAUGGAAAGAAUCGAUUAGUGUUUAACUGUUCCUAUAUGUAUAAAGGAGAAUCACUGAAUGCUCAUCUACUGCCUGGUCCGACCUUAGGGUCAUCCUUAUUAGGUGUACUCCUUCGUUUUAGGGAACGUCCUGUGGCCAUUAGUGGUGAUAUUAAGUCCAUGUUUCAUCAAGUUUGUCUGUUGCCUUCUGAUAAACCUCUCCUGCGUUUUCUGUGGCGAAGCAUGAGACUGGAUAAGCCAGCUGAUGUUUAUGAAUGGCAAGUUUUGCCAUUUGGAAGUACCUGUAGCCCUUGCUGUGCGGUUUAUGCUUUGCAAAAGCAUGUAAGAGCUCUACCAGAGGAUUGUGAAGAUGUUAAGGAGUCUAUCACCAAGGCUUUUUAUGUUGAUAACUGUCUACAAAGUGUUAUGGACAUCCCGACAGCAAAGGAGUUGGUUGGGAAGUUACGGACCCAUUUGAGAGAUGGAGGCUUUGAAAUUCGACAGUGGGCAAGUAAUGUUUCAGAGGUGGUGGAGGAUCUGCCCAGCGACGCAAAGUCCGCCCACACUGAACUUUGGUUAAGUCAAGACUGUUCAGAUCCUAGUGAAGGUAUGCUGGGAUUAAUUUGGCACUGUGCCAGAGAUACCCUCGGUUACAAACAUCGUCCUGUUGCUUAUGAUUCUCUUACCUUGCGCAAUGUUUAUAGGGUCCUUGCAAGUCAAUAUGACCCUAUAGGGUUCCUUCUACCUUUUACCACUAGAGCCAAAGUCCUGCUUCAACAAAUGUGGAGUAAAGGAAGACAAUGGGAUGAUCCUGCACUACCUGAAGGUAUUAAGAAGGCCUGGGUAGCAUGGGAGAGUGAACUUCCUGCUAUCACAUCCAUUGAACUACCAAGAACGUAUGGUCCUGUUGAUCUUGAUGGAAAUUCCCUUAGGAGGGAGUUGCACGUAUUUUGUGAUGCUUCAGAAUUGGCUUAUGGGUCAGUGGCCUACUUAAGGACUGUCAAUCAGGAGAGUGAAGUUCUAGUCUCCUUUGUGAUGGCCCGAUCCAGAGUUGCACCUCGUAAGUCAAUUUCUAUACCUCGUCUAGAAUUGUGUGCUGCCCUCACCGGGGUUCAAUUGGCAAAUCUGUUGCAGAGGGAACUUGAUCUGCUCAUUCAACAAACAAUACUGUGGUCUGAUUCGAUGACAGUACUCAACUGGAUUCGUUCGGAGACUUGCCGCUAUAAAGUAUUUGUUGCAAACCGCAUUACUGAAAUCUUAGAGUACUCUGCUCCUGAUCAAUGGCGUUAUGUUAAUACUACUAGCAAUCCAGCUGAUGAUAUCACUAGGGGCAAGAAUCUGACUGAUCUAACCAAACCUAAUCAUUGGACUCGAGGCCCUUCUUUCCUUUAUUCUGACCCUGAUCAGUGGCCAAAAUUCCCUGGUAUGAUUGAAAACUCUGAUGCUACAGAGUUAAGGAAGACUCUGUUCUGUGGCCUUACUGAUGUUGAAGAUAACUUUGUGAAUCUUGAUGUUCAGCAAUACAAGUCGUGGAAUGAGCUUGUUGAAGCUGUGGCAGUUAACUCUUUGCUGGACAAGGCUCAGAUUGAACUUCUCCUGUUGCGACAGGCUCAGAGGAAAGACUUUGCAGAGGAGUAUGGUGCAUUGCGAAUUGGGAAAAGUGUUCCAUCUAGUAGUCGAUUGUACAAUCUUGCACCGGAGUUCGAUCCCAUUGCUGAAGUUAUUAGAGUAGGAGGGCGACUUCGACAUAGUCAAGAACUGGCUUUUGAUACCAUUCAUCCAAUUAUUCUUGAUUCAAGAAACUCUAUCGUUCAACUUUUGAUUGCAUCUGUAGAUGCCAAAUUGGGUCAUCCUGGAGUAGAUAGAGUUUAUGCUCAUCUUAGGCGCUACUACUGGAUUUUAAAAGGUAGACAAGCUGUGAAGAAAUAUCAAAGAAAGUGUCUGGAGUGUGCCAAAUGGAAAGGAAAACCAAUAGUUCCUAGGAUGGCUGAUCUUCCUCCAUCUAAGCUCAAUCUGUUCAAACCUCCCUUCUGGUCCACAGGAAUGGACUGUUUUGGGCCAUUUGUGAUCAAGUCUGGUCGUAAGACUGAGAAGCGAUGGGGAUUACUUUUCAAAUGUCAGACCACUAGAUGUGUUCAUUUAGAACUGCUGACUAGUCUUGACACUGAUAGUUUUUUAAUGGCACUCCGUCGUUUUGUAGCUCGAAGAGGACAACCUUAUGAAGUGAUCUGUGAUCAAGGAACUAAUUUUCAUGGGGGUGAAAGUGAACUGAAAAGUGCCUUUGACCAAUUAAGUCCAGUCUUACAAGAAAAGCUGUCGAAUCAUCAGAUCAAAUUCACCUAUAAUCCUCCUUAUGCUCCACAUUUUGGAGGAACGUGGGAGAGGGAAAUCCGAUCCAUCAAAGGUGCACUUCGAUCUGUUUUAGGAAGUCAAGUAGUUACUGAGGAGGUUCUAACAACUGUAUUGGUGGAGGUUGAAGAAAUAUUGAAUUCCAAACCUUUAGGAUAUGUCUCUUCUAGUGCUGAUGAUUUGGAUCCUGUUACUCCUAAUUUGCUUCUGAUGGGGCGGCGGGAUGCUUCGUUACCCCAAGUGAUUUAUGCAGAUUCUAAUAUUUUAUCUCAGAGAAGAUGGAGACAUAGCCAGGUUCUGGCGGAUCAAUUUUGGACCAGUUUUAUUAGGAAUUAUCUGCCAAAUCUACAAAUUCGCCAAAAAUGGCAGCAAGAUCAAGGUAACCUGAAAGAUUCUGAUGUAGUCAUGAUCUUGGACCCUCGACUCCCCCGUGCUUUAUGGCCCAUUGGUAAAGUAUUAAAGACUUUCUUGGGCAAGGACGCCCGUGUUAGAGUUGCUGAGAUAGAAAUCAAAGGGAAAUCUUAUGUUCGUCCUGUUAGCCGGCUUAUUCCUUUACCCUUUAUUAAGGAUUAGUCUUGAGUAUCAUGUCAUUGUGAUUUUCUAGAAUUGAAAAUAUGAUGUCAUAUUUUGGGGCGGCCUUGUUGAAAAACUCAUGACAUAGUAAUUGUAGCUCCACCCACUGUUGACAGCUGCACCCUAUUCUGACUCCAAUUAAGGGCCUUUAAAAAGGGUUGCUUUAGAGCAGCAAUCAGUUCACUCCUUGUUUACUGCUCUGGAUUCUUUCAUAUGGUGUUGUGGCUGUGUACAGAUGUAAGUUUACUGUUUGUUUUGUAUGGUUUGGAUUUUGUUUGUAAUUCCUUUGAUUGUUUAACUUUAUUUGUUUAUCUUGUUUAAGUUCAGAAACCAGUCUGAUACACCUGUUGGAAGAAUGAUG